AUGUCGGCAGUUCCUGAAGUUGAGGUAGAAACACGUAAGACUGACUGUACCGACACCAUUACUAGUACUGAUUCUACUACUACUACCACUACUACUACUACUACUGCUACUACUACUACUACUACUACUACUACCAUUGCUACUACUGUUAUUACUACCCCUGCUGUUACUACUACAACUAUUUCUGAUAUGAAGGAACAAAAGAAAUAUACUGCUGAGAAUUCCGUUCUACCAUGCAUAAAAACGGAAGAUCCAGAAAAUGGACAAUUUCAUUCAGAUUUUGUUAUGAAUUCUGCAACAGUCCCUAUCGCCGAGAGAUUGUCAUCGGCAGCAACUGAAGAGAAAAAAGAUCUGGUGCAAUCUUCUAACAGUGAUAUAGUUACAGAGGAUAAUGUUAUUGCAGAUAAUGAAAAUAUUGAUAGGCCUGAAGUUGAUGCUGUGUUAACUUUUGAAACUGAAAAUACCGCUGUUGGUGUUGCAGCUAAUGUACAGAAUUCUGCCAACAGUUCUAAUCAAAAUAAAGCGGAUUGUAAUAUUUCUAGUUCAGCUGUGCAUAAUCUUAAAAUUGCCUCUGAUCAAAGUUUAAAACCUGAAGUCAUAACGCCUAUUGAUUCGGCUCUUUCUGAAAGCCAAAUUAAUGCCACUGCUGCUAUUGCAGAACAAUCCGAUGCUGCUUUUAUAUUAUCCAGUGGAGAAAAAGAAGAAAAUGAUCUCAAGGAUGAAAGAAUCAGGGGGACAGAUGAAGGUACGGAGACGGAAAUCAAUGAUUCUGAGGGAGAUUAUAAAAGAAAAGAGAGAUCCACUUCUCUGGAUGACAAGGAAGCAAGUAGUGAUGAAGCGGAUCAUUUUGUCGAUGCAAAAUCAUCCGAUCAAAUCGAUAGUGCUUUGGGAGAUGAUGCUGUUGAAAUUGGUAAAGAAACAAAGGAACAAACGGAAGAAAUCCAGGAUGAAGAAGGAUAUGAGUCCGAUGAAGAGGAACAAGAAGCGGAACCAGAUGAUGACGAAGUUGAGGGAAAUCCGGCAUUCAUUCCGAAAUCUGGACGCUACUAUAUGCAUGAUUCAAGAAUUACUGAUGAAGAGCGUACGUCAGAACCGUCAUCGCAUUCUCGGGCAGAUGGAAAGUGGAAGCAUGACCGUUUCGAUGAGCGUUCACAAAGACCAAAAACUAAGCGAGAAUUAAUGAAUAGAUAUGGUUAUGACAUACGUAAUGAGGGUAAAAAUACUGGUGGUGGCAAUACUUCGAAUGCUUCGACACCACAUUUCAAUCAAACUCGAGGUACAUCUAGGGGUGGGAGCAAUAGUGGUAACAAUUAUGGGAAUCGAGGUAGACAUUCAAAUCGAGCAUUAUCACAUUAUCCACAACAUCAACCGGAUGACAGACGUGAUCGUAGGAGACCAAUGCAGAAUAAUGGCGCAGCAAGGCCGACAAAUCGAGGUGAUCGAAAAAGUGAGCAUCACAUCAGUAUCAACCAUCAACGAGAUCAACAUGGAACCGGAGGUUUCAAGAAUUCACCCAUGAAUACUCAGAAAGGUGCUAUAAAUCAUCGAACGUAUCAUCGAAGUGAGGAAUAUUUGCGUGACAACCGACAGCACAGUGGAGGAAAUAGAGGACGAGGAGGCGGUACUGCAGUUAGUGGCGGUGAUGCGUCAACGACACAUGGUAAAGGUGGUGGUGCACAUACUGGUGGGAAACGUUAUUCAACGCAACGUUUAACUACAAAUUAUACGUCAAACGUGCAACAACCAACACCACCGCAGCCACCACCACCACUUCAACCAACACCUACAACAGGCCCCAUAUCGAUUCCGCCACCUGACUGGCGUCCAUCAGCUUACCAGGGUCCACCACCACCGUCUACUGUGCCACCACCACCGCCUAUUGCAAUACCGGCACCAGUACCAAAUUUCCGCCCCAGUGAUAUCGUCUAUUUUGACCCAAAACCCCAGCAAUUGUUUCGCACCAAUCCAAUCCCACCACGAACCAAAAAGCGACUUGAGAUCGUACCACCAUAUCAGGCUAAGAAUUCGAACUAA